GCCUGGAAACGACCUUCUGCUUUAUCGUCGGUGUCGUGUAGGAAGUCAUAAGGAAUAAGUAGUUUUGGCGACCUGUAAAAUGUUCUCUCGAUUGGUUAAGCCUGCGAAAACGUCUUUUAUUAAAAGUUGUGCUAAGAAUUUCCGUACAUCUUCUUAUGAAAAUGCAAAGGUUGCAGUGUGUGGAGCAAGUGGUGGUAUUGGACAACCACUUUCAUUGCUGCUGAAAGAGAGUUCUUUAGUGACGGAGUUAUCGCUUUAUGAUAUUGUUCAUACCCCUGGCGUUGCAGCUGACCUGAGUCAUAUAAACACAGUUGCUCGUGUGAAAGGGUUUGUUGGACCUGACCAAAUUCGGGAUGCACUUAAAGGUGCUGAAGUAAUAAUCAUACCUGCUGGAGUGCCAAGGAAACCUGGCAUGACACGAGAUGAUCUUUUCAAUACCAAUGCAUCCAUAGUUCGUGAUAUUGCUCAAGCUGCAGCGGAAGUGGCUCCUAAGGCCCUUGUUGGAAUAAUAUCGAAUCCAGUAAAUAGUACGGUUCCUAUUGCAUCAGAAGUAUUUCAAAAAGCUGGCGUUUAUGAUCCUAAUAGGAUAUUUGGUGUAUCCACUCUCGAUGUUGUACGUGCCAAUGCAUUUAUUGCCGAAGCCAAGGGUCUUGAUCCAGCAAAAGUAAAUGUUCCUGUGAUUGGUGGUCACUCCGGUGUUACAAUAAUACCUCUGAUCUCUCAAGCUGAACCUAAAGUUGAUUUUCCAAAAGAUCAACUGAAGGCUCUCACAGAAAGGAUUCAGGAAGCAGGUACUGAAGUAGUGAAAGCUAAAGCAGGUGCUGGUUCAGCUACAUUGUCUAUGGCAUAUGCUGGUGCCAGGUUUGCAUUUGCUCUGUGCCGUGCUCUCAAGGGAGAAUCUAAUAUAGUAGAAUGUGCGUAUGUUCGCUCCAAUGUGACUGAAGCCAAGUAUUUCUCAACACCUCUUCUCCUUGGGCCAAAUGGAAUACAGAAGAACUUAGGCCUUGGAAAAUUGUCGGACUAUGAGACUGAACUGUUGAAAGCUGCUAUUCCAGAACUGAAGAAAAACAUUGCCAAAGGAGAAGAAUUUGUAAAUAAAAAGUGAAAUUUUAAAGUUUAAGUUCUAAAGCUGUAGGGUGCUAAAAGAUACUUGAUUUUACCAAAGUGUACACAAGUGUAAUUAUAGUUAAUGUUUAAGUCUUUAAAUAUAUAGAUACAGGCAUGUACAGUACAUUUGUUUACAGUGGAAGUUUUUUUUCUUAUAUCUGUCUGCAACUUAAUUUUCUAUUGUAAAUUUAGAAAAAAAUUCUAACAUUUGAGGACUUUUCAGUGCAGUAUUUAAAAUUAGUUUCCUUGGGCGAGCUACCCAAGCAUUGACAUGCGAUGUAAUUAUAAUGGUUUUUUUUCCCAGUGUAGCAAUUUCUAACUAUAAAAUAUCUUUGAAAGAUUUUUAAAUUUAAUUGUUUAAAUAUAAACCUGUUACAGUCAACUCUCUAUUAUCCAUUAGCAGAUUAUACACUUUUUGGCCCUAAAGAACUAUAUAAGCUUAUUUAAGUCCCCAGAUAGCCCAGCAAAAAAAAAUGAAAAUUAUUAAAAUAUUUUUAGAAGUUCACAGGUAUUGAAUAUAAAUGCAUGUGGAUGAUAGAGAGUUGGCUACUUCAAUAGGUCUUUAAUUGGCUUCUGACAUUUGAUUUAUGCAUUAUUUGUGAAAAGACACACUCAAGGUGCCAUUUGUGAUUACAUGUACACUAGCUGUAUUGCAACUUUGGUAUAAAAAAAUGUUUAAAAUUUCUAGCAAGUAUCUAAUAAAAACUCUAUAUUGUGUCUUUA